UGUGUCCAGAUCUCUUUGACUCUCAGAGGCUUUGCGCGGACACACCGUCCACGGGCCUUUAACCAGCUCUCUGUACAUGUGCUAAUACUGCCAUUAGCUCCAGAUCCGAAACCAUGGAGGUACUGGACGCCCUAAAUCUGGGCGAAAUUGCCCAAUAUUUCUCAAAAAUGGCCAUGUUUCCUGUCUUUGAUCUAGCCUAUUACAUCGUGUCCAUACUCUACCUCAAGUAUGAGCCAGGCUCAGUGGAGGUGUCCCGCAGAAGCCCUGUGGCCUCCUGGCUCUGUGCAAUGCUCUACUGCUUUGGGAGCUACAUCUUAGCAGACAUCAUGCUUGGACACAGCCCCAUUGACUAUUUCCAUAAUAACAGCCACAUCCUCCUGGCCUCAGCUGUAUGGUAUCUCAUCUUCUACUGCCCACUUAACUUGUUCUACAAAUGUGUCGCAUUCCUGCCCAUUAAGCUCGUGCUAGUAGGUAUGAAGGAAGUUGUCCGUACUCGCAAAAUCGCUGCUGGAGUCCACCAUGCUCAUCAUGCCUAUCACCAUGGCUAUUUCAUCAUGAUCAUCACUGGUUAUGUCAAGGGAUCUGGAGUAGCUCUCAUGUCAAAUUUUGAGCAACUGUUGCGUGGAGUGUGGAGGCCAGAGACCAAUGAAAUUCUCAACAUGUCAUUCCCUACUAAAGCCAGUCUGUAUGGAGCCAUUCUGUUUACACUCCAGGAGGUGCACUGGCUUCCUGUGUCCAAGAGCACCCUUAUCUGCAUCUUCACUCUUUUCAUGGCUACUUCUAAGGUGGUUAUGACCGCGCGCCACUCUCACGGCUCUCCCUUCACUCUGGUUGAGUCCUGGGUGUCCCACCUGCUCUUCGGAUCUCCUCUUGCUGUUGAAGAUGCUCAUAAUCAUCACCACACUCCUCCAGCUGCUGCCUCUGCCCCUGCCUCUCCAGCCAAAACCAAGGAGGAAUUGAGCGAAGGCACUCGCAAGAGAAAAGCCAAGAAAGCAGAGUAGACACCCAGCUCAUUGUUAGAAGACAAAAAAACAACUAGUGUCUACCCUCAGGCCAUUUUUGAUACCUGGGUAUAUAGUCCUUACUGGAAAGAUAGUAAAGAUUUGAUGUUCACUGAUUACAGUUUGUUUUUUAAUGGUGCUUUAAAUGACAGAUGACAGACUACGUAGGGACUGUAAAUAGUUCACCAAUAAUUCUCAUCCUUCCUGUUAAUAUAUAAUGUUUAUCUCUAUUUAUUAUGUACAUUGUAGUCCGUGAGUGGAGCUCCAUUCUCCUGUCAGUGGUGAACUAUCUUAUAGACAUAAGCUAAGUCUUUGGAUUAUUAAACCCAGUGAAAGGUGAAAGUGUCCCUUCCCAUUUUGAUCAACACAUGGCUUCUGAAUGAAGCAGAGUACACACUGUACACGGAUGCUCUUUAUAUCAUGUUGCAUUUGACAGUACAACAUUUUAAGAAGUAAAUAUAUUUUCCAAUCA